AUGCUGAGUGCUGCCAGGUCGCGGCUCACCAUCUCCGUCCAGCGGGCGAGGUGCUCGAGUACGUCGCUUGCUGGCGCCAGUCUCUCCACGUCUGCGCCAUCUCUGUCAGGCCACAACAAGUGGAGCAAGAUCCGGCACAAAAAGGCAGCCAACGACUCUGCACGCUCGCAUUCGUACGGCAUCCUCUCGCGCGAAAUCAUUGCUUCGAUUCGCUCGCACCCGACGCGGUCCACCUCGACGGCUGACAAUGUGCGACUGAACUAUCUGCUCAAAAAGGCGCGCGAGAUGGACAUACCGAAUAGCAAGGUCGAAGCUACGCUGAAGAAGGCCGUGGGGGGCGGGUCGGGCUCGGGGGACAAGACGGCAACGUACGAGGUCGUGGUGCACCUGGGAGGGGAGAGCCAGCCAGUAUCGCUUGUGCUCGAGUGCAACACCGAUGGCUCGAACCGAACCCAUUCCAAAGUCAAAGAGAGCAUUCACAAGCACGGAGCCAGGCUGUCUUCGACGAUGCACCUCUUCACAAGGAGAGGUACAGUGAGAGUGUUGCUCCCCUCAGGGAGCGACAAGACCUUCGAGGACGUCUGGGAGGCAGCGGUGGAGCUGGGUGCGGAAGAGGUGCUACCGUGGGCAGAAGAUGUGGACGAAGAGGACGAAGGACAAGAACCUAGAAUAGGUGCAGAGGUCCACUGCGAGCCUUCGCAAGUUCAAGACCUCGCAAAGUCUCUCUCGGUGGAUCCGCACGGCCUCAUCGUGGUCGAGGCAGAGGCUAAACUCGUGCCGUCGGGAGCCCCGCUCCGUGUCCGAGAUCAAGACGAUCCAGUCGAAGAGCCGGGGGAGGCGGCCGGCUUCGUUAUGGCGGCCGACAUCGAGAAGCUUGACAGGCUCGUCGAGGCGCUCGAAGACGGUGCAGAAUGUCAGCGAGUGUGGUGA